AGCUUCUUGGCGCGUGGUCAAAGCGAUAUUCAGAAGGGCGGUUUUCAAGGCCCUCCAGUUUGAUGGCAUUGGAGGUGCGCCCGAGCCGGGCAAGCUGAGCAGCAAGCUCAGUUUUCCUGGACCACCCCGGGGCUCAGGAGGAGCUUUGGAUCUUGGUUCAACUGUGCGCUUGGACUUCGGAAGCUUCAAGCUGCUGAUCGGGAAGAGACUGCGCAAGCAAAUGACUUGCAUCGGUGUUCUAUCGCCAUCGCAUCUCAAAACGCAUGGUGAGCGAUGAGGAGGCUGCUUCGAAGGUCCAUCACUACGCCAAGAUGGCCUGCAACUCCUCGAGUUUGGGACUAACACUGCUGGGCUAUGUCUACCUUGAUGGCUUGAGUGUCGAAAAGGAUGCCCACCGCGCAGUUGAGAUCUUGAGAGAGGCUGUGGAGAAAGGCAAUCCAGCGGCCAAGUCUUCCUUGAGUUACUGCUUAGAGCGCGGGAUUGGCACCAAACACGACCGAGCGCAAUCACUCUGCUUGUUGCAAGAAUCGGCAGGGCAGGGCUAUGCAGCAGCUCUCUUUAAGUUGGGAUGCUAUCAUCAGUAUGGUCAGGCGGGAGUAACUGUGGAUGCAGCAAAGGCCUUUAAACUGUUUUUGGAAGCAUCGCAGCAGGGACACCCUGCCGCGAUGAAUCAGCUGGCGAUAAGCUUUCAGCAUGGACGAGGGGUAGCUGUAGAUGACGCUGAAGCUUUGCGCUGGUACGAGCGCGCCAGUGCGGCUGGCGAUCGCGACGGUAUAUACCAUUUGGCGCUUUGCUUCAGAAAUGGCAUCGGUGAAACGGCGCCGGAUGAUGCCAGAGCUGUGGAACUAUAUCGAAAGAGUGGUGAAUUGGGUCAUCCGCAAGCGCUCUACAACCUGGGCUGCUGCUACAUGAAUGGUGUUGGAGUUGCCAAAGACUCUCAGAAAGCUGUGGAAUGCUAUCGAAAGGCUGUUGAACAUGGCGACAUGGAUGCUCACGUGAAUCUUGCGAAGUGUUUGAUGACUGGAGAUGGUGUGGCAGCUGACCAGGCAGAAGCACAACGCCAUUUAAUAGCCGCGGGAGAGAAUGGUCAUCCCACAGGUAUCUCCUUUGCGAAGUUCCACAAGAUGGUGCAUCCUAAUCCGUCGAUGUAAUCGAAGAGAGACGUGAGACAAAGCAAGUGCGAGUGGACCGGAUGAUCUUGGUAGGUAUGGC